AUGAGUUCGCCGGCCGAAAAAGGCAGAUCGUCGGAGGAACAAGACUUACUAGUUCGCAGCACCAAGAAACCAAAACGAAAUAUUGGUAUGCAGGAAGGAAACUCAUCCGUUCCAAUGGCGGUGGAGAAUCAAGAGUCGUCUUUGUCUGAUAAGGACGACAACCAGCCGGAAUUCCUCACACCGCCUUCAGCCUCCUAUAGACAAGCCUUGCAGGGGAUUAAAACAACAGUUCCUUUGAAUAAAGAAACAAUUGAAGAGACAGUAUCUGAUGAUGAAGAGAUGGAUGAAGCCCAUAUCAAUCCAGAAUAUCCUGUGAUCACGGUUACGAAAGCUGAAAAAGAACGAUUGCGAAGGCCGUGGCGGCGUUCGCUAAUUAUCCAUGUACUGGGUCGAUCAGUGGGAUAUUCUUAUCUCCUUCGAAGGCUUCAAGUCCUCUGGAAACCUGAAGAACAAAUGGAACUGAUUGCUCUUGCCCAUGACUAUUUUCUUGUCAAAUUUGAUUCUCAACGGGAUCUUGAUUUUGCAAGAUUCGAAGGCCCCUGGAAGAUCUUGGGGCAUUACCUUGUUGUGCAGGAAUGGGCUCCUAAUUUUGAUCCGAUUGAGAACAAGACAGAGAAGCUAAUAGUGUGGCUACGGUUGCCAGCGAUCCCUAUUGAGUACUUUGAUGAAGAUUUCCUCAAGAAGAUAGGCAAACAAAUCGGUCGGCCAAUCAAGAUAGAUGACACUACGAGUUUGGUUUCCAAAGGUAAAUUUGCCCGCGUUUGUGUAGAGAUUGAUGUCACAAAGCCUUUAGUGGCGAAGUUCAACUUCUUGCAGAAACUCUGGCCAAUUGAAUAUGAGGGGAUCCACCUUGUAUGUUUCAAGUGUGGAUUGUAUGGUCACCGACGUGAACAAUGUGGAGUGACAACAGGUCCAGAAGCAAACUCUGAACCAAGACAUGAACCUGAGAAUGGUGAUGCUGGAGGGAAGGAUAACGCCACCACCUCAACUGCUCCAUUGAGAGUCAAAACACCUGUGGUGACCCCUCAUGCAACUGAGAAAUAUGGAACUUGGAUGUUGGUAUCGUGUAAGGAGAGACAACCUAUGAAGAGAAUGGGAGAGAGAAGCAGAUACACCAAUAGAGAGCAGCAGGUCAAUGUAGACAGAGUUAAUCAGCAGAUGGGAGGAAAUGUAUCAAGAUUUGCUCCUCUGCAGAAUCUGGAAGAGGAGAACCAGACAGACGAUGUUAUGCAUCAACAAAAUAAUGCACCUAAGAAACUAUCUACAACACAAGGAUGGCAGAGGAGUGCAAAGAUCACAAACGAGCACACUGAUGAAGUGUAG